CGGUGGUGGGAAUAACAUUUCCCCCGAAGUGUGUCAUAUGGAGCGAAAUAGUGCCCCAUCAUUGGUGUCAGUGGGAGGAAUAGUGCCCCAUCAUUGGUGUCAGUGGGAAGAAUCGUGCCCCAUCAAUAGUGUCAGUGGAAGAAAUAGUGCCCCAUCAUUGGCGUCAGUGGGAGGAAUAGUGCCCCAUCAUUGGUGUCAGUGGGAAGAAUCGUGCCCCAUCAUUAGUGUCAGUGGGAGGAAUAGUGCCCCAUCUUUGGUGUCAGUGGGAAGAAACGUGCCCCAUCAUUGGUGUCAGUGGGAAGAAACGUGCCCCAUCAUUGGUGUCAGUGGGAGGAAU